AUGGAAGUAGGAACAUCGAUGUGUUUCGCACAAGAAUGGUUUGUUUCCACUGGAGAUCUCGCGAGUAGCGUAUUCAUAUGCACAAUUGCCGUGCACACAUUCUUCGCCGUCGUGAAGGACUAUAGAUUGUCACAUGGAGGGCGUGGUCGCGAGAUAGCGGCAUGGAUACGGCCUGUGGUGAGGGAGUUGUGCGCGAAGAUGGAAGCGAGGGGCGCGACGGCACAUGUGCUUGCGGGUGUGGGGAGUGUGCUGACGCUGCCGACGCCGAAACCGAAAAAGGGGGAAGGGAAGGAGAAGGAGCAAGCGCAUGUGCUGGAUCAAUGA